UUUUCUGUACAUCAGGCUAUGGCGAGUCGAGUUCCAUUCCAGAGCACAACGGGUUUUUGCGCCAGGUGCGGCUCCAUUCUUCCCCUACUGCAGGAAUUUGGUUCUGUGAAAUGCUAUGCUUGCAAAUCCGUGUAUGGGGCUGAAAACUUCAACAACAUAAAAUUUAAAUACUCAAUUCACUUCAACACAGUAUCAUUGCUACCCAAUGAAAAUAUAUUGAAUAUGGACGACCCCGAGGGUCCAGUUGUUGAGAGAAAAUGUCCCAAGUGCGGUAAUGACAGAAUGUCAUAUGCUACUCUACAGUUGAGGUCUGCGGAUGAAGGGCAGACUGUGUUUUACACCUGUACAAGUUGCAAAUACAAGGAAACGGAAAAUUCGUAAUGGAGGCCUCAGAUUGUAAUGGGUUACUAUUUAAUUAUAAGACAUUUCAAAAUAUUAUAGGAUAUUUUAUAUGAUUUAUAAUUUACAAUUAUUCCCUAUUUACAUUACUAGCUUUACAUCCUAAUAAGGCUCUCUCUCACUCUACUUUAGCAGCAGUCUAUACA